AUGGAGCCAUAUACGAAUACCGGAGCCGUGAAUUGUGACUCGGAUAUUGACACGAGCAAUGUCAAGGGCAAGACUGCUAUCGUUACCGGCGGAGCCAAUGGCAUCGGUGAAGCAUACGUUCGUGCUUUGACAGGCGCCGGGGCUUUUGUUGUCAUUGCAGAUCUUGACGAAGAAGAAGGCGCGAGACUGGAAAAGGAAUUAGGAAGCGCGGUCAAAUUCGUCAAGUGCAAUGUCACCAUCUGGGCGGAUCAACUGGCCGUCUUCAAAACGGCCAUUGCAUCAUCGUCCUCCGGCAGAGUGGACAUCGUCAUUGCAAAUGCCGGCAUCAGCGGAGCUGAUUCGGUCUUCUUCAACGACGUCGAAAAGGAGGAACCUGAAGAGCCCAAGCUCAACAUCCUCAAUGUGAAUCUGAAUGGCGUCAUGUACACCACCAAGUUGGCACUGCAUUACUUCCGCCGACAGAAUGCAUUGAAUAAAGGGGAGCCCCUGGAUCAACUCCUCAUAUUGCAAGGCAGUCUGGCGGGAUAUCUCGACUUACAGGGAGCUAUUCAAUAUAUUGCAUCCAAAUUUGGCCUUCGCGGGAUGAUGAGGUCUCUUCGCAGAACGGAACACCAACACAACAUUCGAGUGAAUUAUAUUGGGCCUUGGUUUAUUGCAACCAAGAUUCUGAGCAAGGCAGCCAUCGAACAUCUGAGCAAGUCAGGCACCGAGUUUGCGACGGUCGAAGACGCUGGCCAGUGCGCAUUGAGAAUCGCGUCUGAUCCCAAAAUCAAUGGUCGAGCAUUUGCUAUCCUUCCCCGAAGUUGGGCGCCUCGUGGAUAUGUGGAUAUGGAUUACGACGACUAUCCCGAGGGCACCUUGUUGGAAAAGCUAGAGAGUUCUGUUGGGAGUCGAGGCGACCACCGCGUUGCUGUCGAUCCCGAAAAGCAGAGAACCAAAACUCAAUGGUCAGCGUCGGCGACAAAUUGA